AUGGCCUCCAAAUCCAUUUUCCUAUGUUUGGCUCUCCUAGUGGUUCUGUGCUUGAUAAUGAUGAAUCAAGCUUCUGGCUGCAAUGGUAGUACCAGGCAUGGUUGCUUGAAUGCUGAUGCAACUGUUGCCCUGGAGACUAAAAACAGAAAGGUGCUUGGUGGUCUGAAAGAGAAGAAAGAAGAGCUGCAUAAGUCAGCAAGCAGUGGAAAUGGUGGAAACAACUACUUGAUGGGUUGGGAUUAUCAGUUAAGGAAAGUUCCCUCUGGUCCUGACCCGUUGCACCAUAACGGCAACAGCCCUAAAAAGCCUCGCACUCCAUGA